UCGAGGAGACCAAUGUUGGACGAACCAGAACCUGAAAGUGAGGAUGCCGAGUAUGAUGGCUGUGUAGCCAUAUGCAACAUGCUCAGGGCAGGUACGAAGCUAGGCUCGGACUUAGUUAAAGCAGGAGUGGAGUCUGCUAAAAUCAGCCAGCUACAGGGUUCAGAGGCGGGUGAGACAGUUUUCCACGAGACCGUACACGACAACACCCCCACCAUGCCUGGUUAUUCUCUGGCAGAGCUCAAGCGGUUUCAGGCAGCAGAUCCGACCAUAAGUGCCUUAAGGGAGUUUUGGUGCAGGCAGAGAAAACCUACUUGGCAGGAGAAGCGGGGGCUGCCUAAGCCGGUGCAGUCUAUGUUGAAGCAGUGGCCCCGGAUUAGGGAAAAGGAUGGGCUCCUGUACCGGGUGGUGGAGGAUCCUCACCUCGGAGAGUGUUACCAGUUGCUAUUACCUACCUGUCUCAAAGAACAAGUGUUGAAAAGUGUGCAUGAUCAAAUGGGGCACCAGGGCAUCGAACGGACGAUGGGGCUGUUGAAGCAGAGAUGUUUCUGGGGAGGGAUGUAUGGUGAUGUGGAGCAGUGGGUUAAGGAAUGUCAGAGGUGUGUGCUAACGAAAAUGCCGCAGCCCAGAAUUCAGGCACCCCAAACCUCCUUUUUGGCCACCCGUCCUCUCGAAGUGGUUGCCGUAGAUUACACCACCCUUGAACGGGCAACAGACGGUCGAGAGAACGUCCUAGUAAUAACGGACGUGUUCACCAAGUUCAGUCAGGCUUUCGCCACACGAGACCAGAAAGCGGAUACCACAGCCAAAAUAAUCCUGAAAGACUGGUUCCUGAAGUAUGGGGUGCCGGAGCGCUUACAUUCGGAUCAGGGCAGGAAUUUCGAGAGCGCGGUGAUCGCCGAAUUAUGCAGACUGUAUGGGGUCAAAAAGACUCGAACCACACCUCACCAUCCCCAGGGCAACCCGCAAUGCGAAAGAUUCAAUAGGACCCUGCACAACCUCCUGCGCACACUUCCCCCCGAACAGAAGCGGCGGUGGCCCGAACAUCUGUCAGAGCUGGUGUAUGCGUACAAUGUCACGCCGCACUCCACUACAGGGUAUUCGCCCCAUUACUUACUGUUCGGGGUCCACCCACACUUACCGAUCGAUGCGUUGUUGGGCCAAGAGCCAGUGAAAGACGAGAAACUGGAUUGGUUGGCGACACACCAGGAGCGCCUGCAGGAUGCCCAUGCCCGGGCCAGGGAAUACUCCGAACGGAAAGCGGCGGAGAGGGUGGUUCUACAACAAGACAAGGUGUUCUGUCCUCCUGUCGAGAUUGGGCAACUGGUGUAUCUCCGUUACCGGCCACCAGGAAGAAAUAAGAUCCAGGAUGCUUGGGGGGCCACGGUGUACAAAGUGGUGGACAUCCAGGGGACCACGUAUACAGUAGCGCCUCUGGAAGGAGGCCCGGUGAGAAACGUGCACCGGUCCAACUUGAGGCCGUGUGUGGGGCCCCCACCUGCACCCAGGUUAAGACGCGAUGUUCCGGAGGCCCGCUCUACAGAUGGGUGCCAGGAGCCGGAGAUCGCAUAUCCGGAGUUCAUCUUGAUGGAGGAGCUUCAGGACUCAGUGAGACGGCCAGGAACUCGAGAUCCUGGAAACUGGGAUCUCAUGGUCGAGGAGUCGGAGAGCGAGGUUGCAGCGGGGGCGAGUGAGGACCCGCUGGGACCUGAGGAAAGGGGGAGCUCUGACGUUGCCCUAGGGGAGUGCUCGGACACUUACCUCUCCCAUGGACGACAAGAUGUCAGCUCACCUGUUGGAGAGCCACAGGUGAACCCAGCUCCAGUCUCAGGGAGCGGAAAAGUUGAUGUGGGUCCAUCCACGCCUGGUCCACGCAGGAGUAGGAGAGAAACAGCCGGGGUACACUCCAACCCAUUUAACUUACCCCGGUCAGCAUGUAAUGCUGUGCCGCCCAGCCCAGAUGCGUUGUCCCAGAUGUUGGCGGGUGUGAUCCUUUAUACCACCAAACUUAAGGGACUGUUGGAGGAACAGGGAGUCACCGAGGACGUUGACUUGUUGCAGGGGAGAAUGUAACCAAGUGGACUAAUAAUGAACACUUAAGCACGAACUUGGGUUAUUACACUAGUGGAAUGUAUCAUUAUUCUUAAGAUCUACUCCUGUAGAGUGUGAUGCCAUAAUGGUGGCGGAGGAUUAUGUUAGGGACACUGCCCCUUUAAGAGCGGCGCUACAUUGAGUACGUAUGCACGCACGCAGCGUCAGAGACUGGACCUCGUGGGAAGGAAAAGAGGAGGAAAGCGAGCAUCGUGAACGUUGUAACACUGGGUUAAAGAAAGAGUAUAUCAAGUCAUACGAUCGGUGAAACGUGCACAACGUCUGCCAGCGAACUCGCCAUGAGCAGCCUGAAGAGCGGGUCGGCAGGGGAGAACGUUCUGUGUAAAGUCCUGUGAGGCCUAACAGUCAGGAGGUCAGCAGAUUAAGUGAGUUUAUUUCUUUUCUUUUGUAUCAGAACUUCCUGAGAAGAGUUUAUAUUCCAUUUAAUCCGGGAAUAUGGUUGUAAUGCAGUUAAAAAUAGCACUUUAACAUGGAAUAGGUGGAGGAUGUCAUGUAUUUACGUGCAUUUUGUCCUGUUUUCUGUCUUUCUUUUUGGGUUAAGGUCGCUACUGUUGUCUGUAGCGUAUGGAAAUUGUUACUGUUAUUUAAUAGAGCCAAAAGAGAUUUAUUUGUCAACUACAGGGGUCAACUGUGACCG